AUGUGCAUUUUUGGCUUCAAUUCAAGGUAAGAUUUGACCAAAUAAUUAUUACAUAUAAUUUUCAACAAUUAAAUAAAUAAUUGCAUAUUGCAUAACAUUUGAACAUAUUAUGCUAAAAGUUAUUUAUAAUUGUAUAUUAAAAUUUAAUUUUAAUGCUAACUAGUACAAAUAUUGUAAUCUUGUAAUUAACUGACUCAUUAUACACAUACACACACACACACACACACUCGUAUUUUAUUAUAUACUUUUGCAACACACACAUUUUUACUUUUGUUAUAACGUUUUCUAGUUAUUUGUUGAUACUUUAAAUUCAUCCUUCGUAAUUCUUAACAAUUCCAAUAAUAAAUUUAACAAUAAUUUAUUAAGAAUGUACGUAUUUAUUGAAUAGUUGAAAUAAUAAUUUUAUUGUGUAAUAUAAUAAAAUUUUUCAUUUCUCACAUACAGUAAGGCGUACAAGACCUCGAAGCUCGAAAUUCAAAACAACAGGAACACAAUGUUUAUGUUCGGCUUAACUAUCACGUCUGUUCAGACAGGACACCUCAUACACCACUACUUUCUCAUUUGCUUGGCGAGACGUGUCGCGGGGAGUCAUUCGGUUAUCGAAUAUCGCAACAUACUUUCAUUUUUACACACUUUUACACCUUCAUCUGAUGAAUUUAUUCUGACAUUUGAUUUCAUGUUGUGCAGGUUAUUCCUUAAUUGCAAAGAUAGCAUAGAAUGCAUAGACAUCAUGAUCAUCAAUGGACAAUUUGAUGAACUUUUGUGGAAAGAGUUGUAUAGCAUCGAUGAUCUGAUCUGUGAUGAUUCUUCACAUCUAUUGUGUGAGUCGCAUGCAUUUAUGUUCCUCCGGUCACUCAAUCAUGUCGCAGGACGAAAGGUCUGA